AGAUGGCUCGUGUUCAUUUUUCAAAAACGCCUAUACUCUGAAUUCAUCUAGCUUAUCAGUGUAUCCUUUUUGGUACUACACUGUUAGAUAACCUCCUCCUUCUUAACACCCGAACCACACAAACAAAUAAUAACAAAAAAAAUGGCAGCUCCCUUUGAGACUUAAUUCCCUCUUUCGUAAAGGCGUUCUAAAAAAAUAAAAAUGGCUACUGGAAUUUGCCCAAUACAUAGAAGCAUAAGCUUGAAUGCGCAUGCUCUUAUGUCCAUGGAGUGACGGAAGGGUCAGAAUCGUAGUGUCGGAGAAACGGACCUGGGAAAAAGGUUGUCAAAUACAUCGGAACGGUAACUUGGUGCCGUAAUUAACCUGCUUUCAGAGGAGUGGUGAGCAGUUGUUUGCAGAGUGGCGACUCUCUCACACACGCUUCCCAUGCAUUUCAUCCUGCAGUAAUGAAGGGGUGAGUCCUGCAAUGCUUUGCUAAUGCAACAGAAGGCUUCUGAAACUGAAGAAGGAGAUGUGCAGAUCCAAGAAGCUGCAGUAGCCACAGCUGAGGAUUCACAAGCGACAUCCAUUGCUAGCAUUCAAUCAGCAGCUACAUUUAGUGACCCCAGCAUCAAAUACGUCUUUCGAACAGAAAAUGGGGAUACGCAGGUGAUGUAUCGAGUUAUCCAGGUUGGAGAUGGGUCACUAGAUGGACAGACAGAAGGUGCAGCAGCUGUCAGCGGUUUCCCUGCAGCAGCACAGCCCAUGGCCCAGGCUGUGAUCCAGGGAGCUUUCAACAAUGGUGAGGGCUUGGAAACAGAGAGUGCAAGCACAGAAACACACUACACCUACUUCCCUGCUGCUGUGACUGAUACUGGUGCCACUGCUGCAACAGCUGUAGUAACCACACAGGGCUCAGAGACUAUAUUGGGCCAGGCCGCCACAUCUGCCACAGGCCAGUUCUUUGUCAUGAUGUCUCCACAAGAGAUGCUGCAGAGUACGACACAGAGAUCCAUUGUACCAAGAACUCAUCCGUAUUCUCCGAAGGCAGAACCUCCUCGUGGGACCAGAGAUGACAAACGGCGAGCCCAGCAUAAUGAAGUGGAACGACGAAGACGGGACAAAAUCAACAAUUGGAUUGUGCAACUGUCAAAAAUCAUCCCAGACUGCACAACAGAUAACACAAAGACAGGCCAGAGUAAAGGUGGCAUCUUAUCAAAAGCUUGUGAUUACAUACAAGAGCUUCGUCAGAUUAAUGUACGCUUGAGUGAUCAGCUCCAGAACCUAGACCAACUUCAGAUGGAUAAUGACUAUCUGAGACAGCAGCUGGAAGAAAUCAAGACCAAGAACAUGCUACUUCGAUCACAGCUCCGCCAGCAUGGAAUAGAAGUCAUCAUCAAGUCAGAUACCUCCUGAUGCAUGAAGAAAAAACAAUGACAGAACUUUGAUAUGGAAUGAGAUUUUGUGAGCAGGCCAGGCAGCAGCUGUAGGAUUAUUGCCUGAUUUUAAGAAAAAAAAUAUAUUGCCAAGUUAGAGAAACCUUUUUGUAUCUUAGAGACAACCUGGUACAUUUUAUAUUUUAUGAUUUGUUUUUUUGCUUCCCCCCUGUUUGGAUGAGAUGAAGUGUUCACAUCUGAUAUUUUUUUGCUGGCCUGCUUAUUUAUUUUUUUUUUUGCUAUUCAUUCACUGACCAACUUAAUUUAUUUUAUUUUCAAUGUAUUUUUAUCUUCCUUUUUUUUCUACUGUGAAGACUUUGCCCUUUUUCGUCUGGAAAAUUCAGUUCAGAAAUUUAAUAUGAAGAUAAAUAAGGAGAGAUUUAUGUUUUUCAAAGUAUAUGCAGCCUUUGGUCAUCUCCUAAUUCAAUCAUACAUGUCGACACACUGCAACUGUUUAUGGAUUUUUGGUGCAAAAACCGUAGCAUUGCUUACAGGUGUGUCCAUGUCCCUCCAUUCUAGUGCAGCUGUCUCUUCAUCAUUGCUGUACCUGCGUGAUAUUGUUGUUUAGCUGUUUCAGGUUAGAAAGACAUUUUCUUGAUAGCUUGGUAAAGAUGUUCCAUUGGAUUAGUUUUUGGAGAGAACUGGCAGUCCACUACAGUUGCGUUAGUUACUGGAGUAGUUAUUCACUUUCUGCUAGUACUUUGACUUGUCUUUAUUAUUAGAAUAUCGUUCUACUAUUACUGUGCUUCAUGUAAUGUUGGUCAGUAAGCAAGCUAGACAUCAGCAACAGGUGUCCCCCCUCACAAAAAAAAAAAAAAAACAAGGAUUUACUUACUGUUUAAGCUCUAAUAGCACAAUUUAAUAGCCUUUGAACACCAUUAAAAAAGUGGACCUUACACCCACAGAACUUCUUAGCAUAACCCUGCAUUAUAUUGUUAAAGGACAUAGAUUUUCAAGAGUUUGCAUUUUGUGUUUUGAGCAGUCUAUGAACAGCAGAGCACUGUUAUAUCUCCUUAGAUCAGUUCUGAUUCAUGUUUUAUCUCUUUUUAAUGUUGUUGCUUGAAGAAUGAUUAUAAAGUUCUAAUGCCUUUUGCACAGCACUGUUUGUCUUUAUGAAACAAUGUUUUAUAAAGUUGUGAUCUGUUAGAGGGCUUUGUUAGCUUUACCCACAGGCAGCACCUUGAUUUCACCCAUGUUGAAGCCCUUCCAAGAUGAGCUAGUUGUUUAAUACCACUUCCUGCUCAGGUGCUUCUCUGUCAAGUUGACAUCCAUACUGAUAUGCUCUUGUGUCCUGGUGUUUCCACGCUUGAGGCAGUGGCCAUGCUGAACUGAUUUGCAGUCUCAUAAUCCAUUUUACCUUUCUCUUCUUACACUGUUUAUGACAACUCUUGGUAUGGAAUGUUGUUAUUGACACCUAAAAGUCCUGAUUUUGCUAUGACUUUGCCCAGUAUUAACAGUUCUGCAGUGGCUUUGCAAAUUCAUACCUGGUUGAGCAGUAAGUCACUGAGUGAUGCUGCGGAACAUUAACAUUAUACUUAACAUCAGUCUCUGAAAAUGUAUGUGAUAAGUUGUGUAAUAGCACAUUGCUGGUGCCAUUAUCUAAGAAUGCCACUUACUGAGAGGUUAAACGUCUUUGGUUUCCUUCA